AUGUCGAGUUCUGGUUUGCAAAAGCGCCGCGGAGGCGGUCGAAGAGCCGCGGGCGCAGGAGGAGGUUCGGGUAGUCCCGCUCCAGGCUCCAAGAGAACCUCUGGUGAAUUUGAUGAAGGAGACAGCGAAAUUAUCGACCACAAGAUUGGCAUCGAUUCACGCGACAUCGCCGAUAGCAAAACAUUGAACCUACCAUUGUUGACGUUGAUGGAGGAAGUGCUUCUUAUGGGCCUCAAGGACAGAGAGGGCUACUUGUCGUUCUGGAACGACAACAUUUCCUAUGCUUUGCGUGGGUGUAUUUUGUUGGAAUUGGCAUUCCGCAACAAAAUUACCUUGGUCAACGACCCUGCUCGUAGAAGGUUCGAAUUGGCCGACCGUUUGGUCCAGGUGGUGGACUCGGAGCCUACUGGAGAGGUGUUAUUGGACGAGGCUCUUCGCAUCAUGAAGAACGAUGAGUCGCAUUUGUCGGUGACCAACUGGAUCGAUCUUUUAUCGGGCGAAACGUGGAAUUUGAUGAAGAUCAACUAUCAAUUGAAACAGGUGCGUGAACGGUUGGCCAAGGGCCUCGUAGACAAAGGCAUUUUGCGCACAGAACGUAAAAGCUUCUUUUUGUUUGACAUGGCGACUCAUCCGGUAGCCGACAAGAUGUCCAAAGAACAUAUUAAAAACCGGAUUCUCAACCUUCUUACCGCACGUACGGUGGACAUGGACUCCGUGAGCAGCGAUCAGUUCCCCAAAGAAACGUCUUUCCGCUACUUGCGGUCGGUAGCUUUGGUAUGUGGUUCGCACGCUGCCAAUGUUCUCGAGAAUGUCCUAACCACUCUCAACUAUGACAAGCGAGAUCAGGCCUUCGCUAGAGCAGACGAGUUGUUGGCUGAUUUUGGAGACUACCCCUUCAACUUGCGGUCGCACCAGAGCCCAUUAGGUUUGGGUACCAACUUGGGCCAAGAAAUAGCCCACGAAACAGAAAUAUGCUCUGCCGAUGAAUUGCAAUUGGAGCUCAUCGCGGCCGUGCUCAGCGUGUUUGCAAGAAUGGACUCCAUUUUGUAG